GGAUUUAUCAUCAUCUUGAGCUGUUUGGAAAAGCUACAGAUAUAAAAUGGCAUUUCAGUGUCGGAAGAAAAGAAGAAAAAUCAUGCCUACAUCAAACAAGCUUCUUCACUCCGCCACACAUACCUUCAAGAGAAAGUAACUGCCAAAAAUACAACAUUUCGUCAUGUCUGCCUUCUACGGAGUUACUUCCGUCCUCUAUUCGAACCUUCUCGUGAAGCUUCCAGUCCCAACUGGAAACUCUGAGUUACCGAAGCAGAUAUUCAUCGUUACCGGCGCUAACACCGGCCUCGGAUUCGAGGCCAGCCUUCACCUGGCGCGGCUUGGCGUCGGAAAGCUGAUAAUGGCGGUGCGAACCCCAUCCAAAGGUGAAGAUGCAAGGCAGAGGAUCCUUGACUUGACCAGGAGACCAGAAACAUCUAUCGAAGUCUGGCCCCUCGACAUGGACAGAUAUGACUCCGUCAAGGCGUUCGCUGCUCGCGCCUCUGAGCUCCCACGUCUCGAUGGCGUGUUGGCUAACGCGGGCAUCAUGACCAACACUUUCAGCUGGAGUGAGGACAUCGAAAAGACUCUCAACGUCAAUGUCGUUAGCACAUGCUUAUUAUACCUGCUCCUCUUGCCAAAGAUGCACGAAUCCAGUCAGAAAACAGGAUACUCCUGUCGCUAUGUGAUCCCGAACAGCGCGCUGCACUAUUCAGCGCCCACUGCAGAGCUAGAUCCCAAGCAACAUAGCAUCCUCAACCGCCUAAACGAUCCGGAGAAAGCCGACAUGGCUGGCCGAUACCCUCUGAGCAAGCUACUCAUGAUCUACGCCGUGCGCGAAUUCGCCGAGAGGUCUAAAUCGUCGGAGAAGGGAUCGUGCAUCAUCAACACGACGAAUCCGAGCUUCUGCAAGUCUAACCUGGCCAACGAAUUCCAAGCAUCUGGCGGCUUUAAAGUAUUCGAGAAGGUCGUAGCUCGCACCUCCGAGGAAGGUAGUCGCGUUCUAGUUCAUGGCUUGUUGGCUGGUCGAGAAACUAAUGGGCAAUACUUGUCUAACUGUCGCGUUGAAACCCCUUCGUGUCACGUCACUGGGAAAUGGGGUCAACAGGUCCAGAAGAAGUUCUUUGGCGAGCUGAUCGAGAAGCUAGAAAGUAUUCAACCUGGAAUUUCCUUGCACAUGUAAUAUAAAUACGUUCAUU